CGUCUUCAUGCGCUUCACUAACGGCUGCCACUUCAACCCCAUGUUUCCCAACGACUUCAUGCCGUGGGAGUUCCGCUAUCCUCGGCCCACGGUGCAGAGCACGGCAGAGUUCGUCUUCGCUCCGAAGCCGCAGGCCACAAAGGAGGCCUGGCAGCACCCGUGGCGGGUCGAAUACACGAAGCAAGUGCUCCCGCCAGUGCCGCGGCUCCAUGGCUGUCCUGCUCAUAAGCUGCGCCGGUUUAUGAAGGCUCUGUGAGGAAGGCAAUCGCAGCAGCAGCAGCAGCAGCAGCAGCAGCAUGCAGCAUGCAGCAUGCGUACAGCUCAGGGGAGGGAUCUGCGUAUUAAAUGAUCAUUGG